AAUUAACAGAACCAGGUAAACAGGUGUGUCAAAAACUGCCUUAACACAGGUCACACUGUUCACAGUCAGGUGACCUGCCUCCAGUAUUUAGGAUGAAGAGGAAUUUGCUGAUUGGUCAGGUUUUGCUGCUGGUGAUGAUGUCAUUUAUAUCUUCAACCAAUGCCAGACUGUUGUGCUACAGCGACUUAUUGGACAUCAUAAUAUGUGAAUGGAACAGAACAGCAGCGGAGGAGAGGUUUCACAUAGCACCAACCACCAACUGCUCACUUCACGCCGAAUUCAAUGACUAUAAAGAAUAUCCUCAAAUUCGUCAAAGUGACUUUGUUCCUGUUGGAAACUCACAGAUCAAAUUACAGGAAGCGACACUUACGUUUUUGAAUAAGACUUUAAGUUAUGGUUCCCCAAGUCUACCACUGAAAGUGUUUUGUGGAAACAUGACUAAGCCAGUGCAGGAGGACCCAAAAUAUUAUCCAAUGAAGAAUGUUAAGUUGUAUCCACCUAGUAAGCCAUUGGUUGAGAAAGAAAAUGUUACCUGGGAAAUUGGCUCUCCUUUUCCAGAGUACAUCAAGAAGUAUUUGUUUGAGGUGCAAUGGAGAAAGCUGGUGGACAACUGGGAGGUUAAGAAAAGGUUGCUGGUACAGGAGAAACGCUGGGAGUUACCCAUUGAGAGCCUUACCUCAGGGAGCACCUAUGAGAUCAGAGUUCGAUCCACUGCCUUCAACAAUCAAAAGUUCUGGAGCGAGUGGAGUCCCAUCACGCGGUUUACACUGGAUUCACCUUCUGCUUCACUUGAUCCCAAAGACCUGUUAUUUGGAAUCACUGGUAUGACGAGCAUUGCAGUAUUCAUAGCAGCUAUAAUCAUCAUACUAGUUUUCCUCUGCAUCCGUCACUAUAAAAGUUCUCUAAAGGGUAUAUUUGUACCCAAACACUCUACAUAUUUUGAUAAGCUGUUUUCUCCCCAUCAAGGAGAUUUAAAAAUGUGCCUGGGUCCUGGGUUGCUGCUUAAGCCUGAAGAGUCCAUUUCACCUGUCAAGGUCUACAAAGUCUUUGACUCUGAUAUACCCUCCAGAAAGUUUGACAAAUUUGCUACUUCAAGUGACACCUCCAGUUUUUCCAAUUCCACUUACUUUUUGUCCAAGAGCUCCAAAUGUCUUGUUACAGAUCAGUUGGAGCCAUGUUCUUCAGAGAGUCCGUAUGGGCCAGCGGGAGGCAAUGAUAAACAGAAGCAAACUGCUUCAGUCAGUCUUUAUAAUGAAGAAGAAUCAGAGAGUGAUGUGAACAGCCCUCUGGAGAAAUCAUCCUUUGACGAGCAGCUACAGAAGCUCAGACUGGAAGUUCAGAGCCCAGACUCUGGAUUUGCUGGCAGCAGCAUCGACCAUGAAAGCCAGGAUGAGUCUGGGAGUGAAGGACUACCCAGUCCGCCUGUGGUAGACAACACUCUGCCCAUCGGCCGUGUCCUGCCAUGCCCAGUUCCUCAAUUAGGGGGAUUCCAUCACCAGUUGAUCCAACCCAAAUUGGAGUGGAACUUUUGGAAUAACCAAACAUCUCCAAAUCUGCCCCAUAGUAUCUUCUCUAGUUUACUGAUUGGAAACUCUGACCUUGUGGCUUGCUCUGGGAUGUUGGAGCCUUGUAGUGAUGACUAUACGCCUGUGAAGAAGGUACAGGAAUGAUCAUUAGCACUGAUGAUCGAUUAUAGGACAAGUGCAAAGACUGAUUUAUGUGGUGUUUGCCUUA